CGGCUAUCAUGUUCAAUGUUGUGAUAAUAACGUUUACAAUUUACAAACAACAAAUACAAAAUUCGAAGUUUUCGAACGCUCAAAAGUUCAAAACUCAGCCCGCUAAGUGCAAACUAUGUUCCUUGUGUUAUUCUAAGACUGUACUGUAUACUGCGCUAAAAUGGAAACAUCCGUCGAAGAAUAUCCACCAGUGAACUGGGGUAAUGAAAAAUUGGAAGAGGCACAGGAUACGACCAACGAAAAUCCUUGGGACGUAGAGUCGUGGGCGAUACUGUUACGUGAAGCACAGACUCGAUGGAUCAACGACGUACGGUCGUUCUUUGAAAAACUUGUCACUACGUUUCCAACUUCUGGUCGAUACUGGAAGUAUUAUAUCGAAAUGGAAAUGCGUGGUCGGAACUUUGAAAAAGUCGAGAAGCUCUUUCAGCGUUGUCUCGUCAAAGUACUUAACAUUGAAUUGUGGAAACUUUAUCUAGCUUAUGUUAAAGAGACAAAAGCACUUUUACCGACUUACAAAGAAAAAAUGGCCCAAGCAUAUGAUUUUGCAUUGGAGAAAAUUGGCAUGGAUAUUCAUUCACAUAACAUUUGGCAAGAUUACAUAACCUUUUUAAGUAGUGUUGAAGCAGUUGGUUCAUAUGCUGAAAACCAAAAGAUUACAGCAAUCAGAAAGGUGUAUCAACGUGGUGUUGUAAAUCCUAUGAUUAACAUUGAAUUGUUAUGGAAAGAGUAUCUGGCUUUUGAACAAAGUAUUAAUAUUAUGAUUGCCGACAAGAUGAUGAUUGAACGAAGUAGAGAUUAUAUGAAUGCCAGAAGAGUCACCAAAGAGUAUGAGGUAGUUAUAAGAGGACUGAAUAAGAAUUAUCCUAGUGCACCCCCAACUGGUAGCCUAGACGAGAUGAAACAAGUGGAAUUGUGGAAAAAAUAUAUAAUUUGGGAAAAAUCAAACCCUUUGAAUACCGAAGACACUGCACUAAUUACAAGACGAGUAAUGUUUGCUUUUGACCAAGCCCUAUUAUGCAUGACCCAUCAUCCUGACUUUUGGUAUGAAGCUGCCCAAUUUUUAGAUGGUAGUUCUAAAAUUCUCUCAGAAAAAGGGGAUAUAUCAGCAGCUAAACAGUAUAGCGACGAAGCAGCUAAUGUUUAUGAAAGAGCAAUUGGUACUGUAUUAAAUACAAGUAUGUUACUACGGUUUGCUUAUGCUGAUUUCGAAGAAGGUCGUAUGAAUUAUGAAAAAGUUCAUAGCAUUUAUAAAAGUUAUUUAGAAAAUGAAAUUACCACUGAUCCAACACUGACAUAUGUACAAUAUAUGAAAUUUGCUCGUCGCGCCGAAGGGAUUAAAUCUGCACGAGCAGUUUUUAAAAAAGCAAGGGACGACUCUAGAUCUAAAUACCACGUUUAUGUCUCUGCUGCUUUAAUGGAAUAUUAUUGUAGUAAAGAUAAAAAUAUUGCUUUUCGUAUUUUUGAGCUUGGAUUAAAAAAAUAUUGCGACAACCCACAGUAUAUUAUUAGUUAUAUAGAUUAUCUUUCUCACCUUAAUGAGGAUAAUAAUACAAGGGUAUUAUUUGAGAGAGUUCUAUCAAACACAAGUCUUGAACCAGAAAAAUCUGUAGAUAUUUGGAAUCGAUUCCUUGAAUUUGAAUCAAAUAUAGGAGAUUUGUCAAGCAUACUGAAAGUAGAGAAACGGAGAUCUGCUGUUUUUGGCAAGCUAGUUGAGUUUGAAGGAAAAGAAACAGCACAACUUGUGGAUAGGUAUAGGUUUUUAGACUUAUUUCCAUGUACAAGUCCCGAGUUAAGAUCUAUUGGUUAUAACGAAGUUACCAAUACAGUAUCUAAAACAAUGCAUAAUUCAACCCAAAGGUCUGCUGUUAUCGAUGGGUUAGAUGACUUAGAUAAUCGACCCAAUGAAAAAAGAUUGCCAGUGCCAGAUGUUUCUCAAAUGGUACCUUAUAAACCAAAAUUGAAUGCUUUUCCAGGCGAACAUAUUGUGCCAGGAGGAACGUUUCCGCCGCCACCACCAGCUUGUCAGCUAAUGCAAGUAUUACCACCACCUGGUUGUUUUCAUGGCCCAUUUGUGUCUGUAGACAUGCUUAUGGAUAUUUUCUUGAGACUUAUACUUCCUGACAAAGCACCAAUGCCAAAAGCUGAAAAUGGAUGUGAUGCAAAAUUAUUUGACACUGCUGUGUCAGUGCAAUGGGCCAAUGAAGAUGCAGCACAUGGUGGUUCCAAUAAGAAAAAACGAAGAAUAGGAGGGCUGUCUGGUAAAGGUGAUGACAGUGAUGAAGAUAUUAACUUAGUACCACCACCAUUUGAUAUAUAUCGAUCAAGACAACAAAAGCGUGUGUCGAAAUAACUCAUUUGAAUUACAAAUUUGUUUACUGGAAUUAUCAUUUUCAUUUUAUUCAUUUUAAAUAUGUUUAUUUUUUUUAAUUUGUGAAUAUUUGUUUUAAUUAAAUAAUUAUUAUAGCAUAUUUGCUUAUAAACCAAA